GGUCAACCAAUUGCCUCUCUUUUCCGCCUAUGAGUCUAUGACACAUAGUUUCCCUCCCUCGCAAUUGCCGUUCGGUGAGAGAGAAAAAAACACAAACAAAUGACGGAAAUUCCGGGAAACGGCGAGAAAAUGCCCAGACAGAAACGGGAACGCAGCAGCCUCCUGGCCUUCGGCGGCGCCGCUGCUCUGCUCGCCCUCGCCGCUAACCUCGGAAUCACCGCCUUCAACGCUCACAUGAAGAACAGAAGGAAGAAAGAUCUUCAGGGCUCUAAGGUUCGGGUUAAUAUAUCGGCGUCCGAAAUUUUGAAAUUGGCGGACCGAAUCAUUUCCAAGUCGAAAGAGGUCCACGAUGCGGUUGCUUCGGUUCCACUCGAUAAGGUUACAUUUAUGAAUGUUAUUUCACCUCUAGCAGAACUAGAGGCGCAACAAUUUCCACUAGUCCAGUCUUGUGUGUUUCCUAAGAUGGUUUCCACUUCUGAUGAUGUUCACAAAGCAAGUGCCGAAGCAGAGCGGAGAAUAGAUGCCCAUGUUCUGACUUGCAGCAAGCGUGAAGAUGUAUACCGUGUCGUCAAAGCUUUUGCUGCAAGAGGGGAGUGGGUGAAUGCUGAAGCAAAGCACUAUACUCAGGCCUUGAUGAGAGACUUUGAACGCAAUGGGUUGAAUCUUACUUUAACUAAGACAGAGGAAAUGCAACGCGUGAGAGUCCAAAUCGAUGAGCUAAGUUUGCGGUAUAUUCAAAAUUUAAAUGAUGACAGUACUUUCCUUCACUUCAUUGAGGCUGAGUUGGCUGGGUUACCACCAGAGUUUCUUAAGAGUUUAGGCAAAGUUGCAGAUGGUAAAUUCAAGGUGACUCUGAAAAGUCAUCACGUGGCAGCAGUACUUGAACUUUGUCAGGUUGGAACAACAAGGAGGAAAGUUGCAGUGGCAUAUGGAAAGAGGGGUGGAGAAGUCAAUCUUUCUAUCUUAGAAGAUUUGGUCCAACUGCGCCAUAAAUUUGCUCGGUUACUUGGCUAUGCAAGUUAUGCAGACUAUGCAGUUGGUCUUAGAAUGGCAAAAGCACCCUCAAAGGUUUUUGAGUUCUUAGAGGACAUAUCCAAUAGUUUGACCGACCAGGCUACCACGGAGCUUUCCAUGUUGAAAGAUUUGAAGAGAAAAGAGGAAGGAGACCAUCCGUUUGGAAUUGAGGAUCUGCUAUAUUAUGUCAAGAAGGCUGAAGCACAGCAGUUUAACAUGGACAUUGGAGCUCUGAAACAAUACUUUCCAGUAAACUUGGUUCUAUCUGGGGUCUUCAAGAUAGUGCAAGACCUUUUUGGUUUAAGAUUUGAAGAACUUAAAGAUUCUGAGGUUUGGCAUUCUGAUGUUUCCGUUUACUCAGUCUAUGACUUAAGUUCUGGUGAACUUUUGGGUCAUUUCUACCUCGAUAUGUACACAAGGGAAAGAAAAUAUAAUCAUACCUGUGUGGUGGCUCUUCAAAAUGGUGCAUCAUCAACGAAUGGAUCACGUCAGAUUCCAGUGGCGUUACUCUUAUCUCAAUUCCAAAAGGAUGCUAGUGGUCAACCUGCAUUACUGAGAUUCUCCGAAGUUGUGAACCUUUUCCAUGAGUUUGGCCAUGUGGUCCAACAUAUAUGCAAUCGUGCAUCCUUUGCCAGAUUUUCCGGGCUGGGUUUUGAUCCAGAUUUUGUAGAGGUUCCUGCUCUGGUGCUGGAAAACUGGUGUUACGAAAGCUUCACUUUGAAGUUGAUAUCUGGUUUCCAUCAGGAUAUAACAAAGCCUAUCAACGACGAAAUGUGCAAAUCCAUUAAAAGAUGGAGAUAUUCCUUUUCUGCGCUUAAAUUGAAGCAAGAAAUUCUCUAUUGUCUUUUUGAUCAAAUUAUACAUUCUACUGAAAACGUUGACAUGGUUGAGUUGUUCAAGCAUCUUCAUCCAAGGAUCAUGUUAGGGUUGCCAAUGUUAGAAGAUGUCAGUCCUGCUUCACGUUUUCCAUCUAGCGCCAUUGGUCACGAAGCUGCUUGUUACAGCCGUAUUUGGAGUGAGGUUUUUGCGAUUGAUAUAUUUGCUUCGAAGUUUCAUGAGAGUUAUCUGAACCAGUAUGUUGGCAUGCAGUUCAGAAACAAGGUGCUGGCCCCAGGAGGAUCAAGGGAACCCAUUGAUGCGUUAACUGGCUUUCUUGGGAGAGAACCAUCAAUUCAAGCUUUCAUCGACAGCAAAUCACAAUACCGAUUGUGAAUGCAGACGGAACUUGCCUACCCUAUUCUCCGAUAAGGCAAGAUCAUCUUGCGGUUUUGGUUUCCGGUAACAUUAUUCAGUAUCUCGUUUGUACUCAAGAUGAUAAUCACCUCUUGUGUUUACGUCAAUCUUCGUCACGACGAGUUCUUCUGUUGAGGUUAGGGCUAGACUUGCGGUUGUAGGUUGCUUAAGUUUAGAGCAUUGCAAUUUUGGUCGCUCCAGAAAAGCCAGCAACUGUCGUUCUUGUAAUUAUUCGUCUCUCUUUAAUAUAUAAGACUUGUUGCUUAA